CUUGUGGUCCAGGUACAGCGCUGGGAACCGGUUACUAAGGAACCGAAGACCCCCGGGCGGCGUGUGCUGUGCGGUAUUACCGCCCCUCACGGAGUUUUGUUUUCUGCAUCACGGAAACCCAGUCCUGCUGUCCAGGGAUUUGGCCGCUCUGAUCGACUCCCUGGAACCCAGAAGGAACCGGCCCUGUCCUGGGCUGUGUCGUGGGCCGGCCUGUGCUGACCCGGUCACAUCCCCCGUGUCGUCAUCCUGCGCCUCCGGGAAGCCCCACUUUCUCUUCCCCAAAUUCUGCGAGGGGGCCUGGAGUAACCAUAGGCUUUCUCGCCCUGAGACUGCUGUGGUUAGUACAUACCGGCGGCAAAGAUGCCUGGGAAAAGGUCCCUAAACGCCGCAGUCAUCCGGAGUGCCAAAAGGGAACGGAAAGCAAUCACCCUCGACGUGAAGUUAGAAGUGUUAAGACGGUUUGAAGUGGGUGAGAAGCUCAGCCAGAUCGCAAAGGCCUUAGGCCUUGCUGUCUCUACAGUGGCGACCAUCAGAGAUAAUAAAGACAAAAUCAAAGCGAGUUCACAAAUAGCCACUCCUCUGAGAGCCUCCCGGUUGACUCGUUACCGAAGUGCAGUCAUGGAGACCAUGGAGCGGUUGUUGCGUGUGUGGCUCGAAGACCAGAGCCAGCGAAACGUGCCCCUGAGUGUCACCAUUAUUCAGAAGAAGGCCAAGAGUUUGUUUGAUGACUUACAGCGUGAGCAAGGUGAAAGCUCUCAAACAGAAAAGUUUACUGCAAGUAAAGGGUGGUUUGUGAGAUUCAAGGAACGCCACCGUUUGCCCCACUUCAAGAUGAACAUCUCAGCUCCUGCCAAGGAGGAUGAAUAUCCAGAAAUACUGAAGAGCAUCAUUCAGGAAGGUGAGUACACCCCCCAGCAAGUUUUUAAUGUGGAUGAGACAGGUCUUUAUUGGAAAAGAAUGCCUGAAAGAACAUUUCUUUCUGUAGAAGAGAGAGCUGAGCCAGGAUUUAAAUCAUCCAAAGAUCGCUUGAUGCUGCUUCUUGGUGGCAACGCAGCUGGGGACUUCAAGUUGAAACCCCUAUUGGUGUACCACUCAGAAAACCCCAAGGCUCUGAAGGGGUACUCCAAGCCCAAUCUGCCCGUGAUCUGGCGCUCAAGCAGAAAGGCCUGGGCAACCAGGAGCAUAUUUCAUGAAUGGUUCACGUACUUUUUUUGCCCUGCCAUUGAGAAAUACUGUGCCCAAAACAACCUGACCAACAAAGCCCUGCUCAUCUUAGACAAGGCACCAUGCCACCCAGUCAAUCUGAGUGAUCUGUCUGAUAAUGUAAGAGUGGAAUAUCUUCAUGACAGCACAGCUGACUCGAUCCAGCCCAUGGGUCAAGGUGUAGCCUCUGCCUUCAGAGCUCAUUACCUAAGAAGGACUUUUGAGCACAUCCUAGAAGCAACAGAUGGGGAGGAUACAGCAGAGAUCAGGGAGUUCUGGAGAAACUACAGCAUUGUGGAUGCUGUGGACAACAUUGCAAUAGCCUGGGGGGAGCUCACACCAGCAACAAUGAACAGUGUGUGGAAGAAGAUUUGGCCUGAGUGUGUUCAGUUCCAGAGUGCUUCCCAAACAGAUGGCAUUGCACAGCUUCAACAAGAUAUUGUGAUCCUUGCCAAGAGUGUGGCUGUUGGAGAGGUGGGAGAAGCUGAUGUGGACCAGCUGCUGCAGUCUCACGAUGAGGGUCUCUCAAAUGAGGAGCUGAUGCAGCUAGAGCAGGAGCCCGCAGGAGAGGAGGAGGAGGGUGAAGAGGCUGCCCCUGCCCUGCGCCAACUAACCACACGGGAGCUGUCAGCAGCCUUCUCACAUUUUGAGACCGGCUUGCAGGUCCUUACCAGUAACAGCCCUGAUGCCGCGUGGAAACUGCAAGUUUCAAGAGCAAUCAAUGAUGCAAUAAGCUGCUACAGGGAGCUGUACAGUGAGAAGGAGCCGCGCUCCAAACAGCUCUCCUAGGCAACCUCGGUACACAACACACUCCAUGGCAGGAAGACCAGACACAACAGGGCAACCUCCUGGGUGACACCUGGCCAAGUCUCGGCUUCCAGAUGUUUAACAUCCUUGAAAACCCUGCUUCUGGUACGUUCAUUGUGACACUAAAGAGCAUCACAUCUUGUUACUGAAAUUGUGCUUAAAUAUGUGCUUUAAGAAGACUGAAAGAAAAUCCAGGAAGAGUUAUUUAAAACACACAAUGAGGAGACCAGCCCUGCUAGACAUUGAAACACACUAUAAAACCUGUGAUUGAAUCAAAGAGGUACUCAAACAUGUAGAAUACAAUAGAGAGUCCAGAAGUAGAUACAGAUAGGUGUUUUUUUUUAAUAGUGCAGGACAGCUAGAUAAAAUUUGGCAAAAGCUAGUUAGUUCACACCUCACAGCAUACACAGGAAUAAACAAACAGAUGAGGGAUUUGAAUGUAAAAGCUGAAACAAUACAGGUGCUACACAACCCAUGGAUAUAUGCCUCUUCCCCAUGGGUGAUCAGGAAGAUCUUCUGUAACUCAAAGUCCAGAUGAAAUUUAAGAUUAAUCAAUUUGAUGAUAUGAAAAUGUAAUAAAAAC